AUGGAUACGAAAAUUCUUAAUAUUUACAAUUUACCUAGACCUUUAAUCAAUGUUAUAAUAAAACAUAUAGGAAUAAAUCAAGAUUGGAUAGUUAUUAAAAUAAUUCCAUUUAAAAUUCAUGUAUUUCAUAAAGAGACUCUCAAAGAAAUUUGGAAAUUUCCUUUUGACCCAAUUGAUAUAUGUCAAGAUUUUUUGUAUAACUCUCCUGCAAAAUCAAGUGUUAACAUAUCCUUUUUGGUUUUAACAAAAGAUGGAUCCAUAUGGAGAAUCCAAUCUAAUGUUCAAAGAAAUAAGAGGGAUUUUGAUUCUCAUCAAAAUAACAAAGAAGCGUUGCCAACACAAUUAAGACAAAUCAGGAAAAUUAAUGAAGUUGGCAGUACAUCAUCAAAAUUUUCUUCACAAAAUAUUUAUCAGCCAAAUAAGAACAGUUAUUGUUUGUUUGUCCCGCCUCCUGUAUUUACUGUCGGAAGUGAAUAUUUAAUUUUCUCAAAAGAAGGACUUUGUUCAUUAUUCCCUUGUAAUUUAUUUAAUGAUGAUGGAAUUUUACUUAGAACAAAAGAUGGAGAAAUUGGAUUUCUAUCAUUAAUUGAUAGAAUAAUAUCAGAAAAUAGUUUAUUUAUUCCAUUCAAUGAUAUUGAAGAUACAAAAAAUGCUACAUGUUUUUUGAAUGAUAUCCUUUAUAAUAUAUUUGUUCUUUGA